CCAGCAGACGCGUGCACCCCGCGGCGGCGCGAGCGCACGGCCACGGCGGCCUCGUCGUCGCCUUGGCGCUGCUGGUAAAGUGUAGCCGCGGCGGCGUCUUUUCCGCUCGUCUCCUACUCUCCUCCUGCCGGGCGCCGCCGGCCAUGACCUUCCCGCUGGUGAGCUACUGCGACGCGGUGCCGCGCCCGGUGGCCGCGCUGUUCAAGCUCCUCCACGCCGCGGCGAUGACGUUCGUGCUGAUCCUCUGCUUCCUCGGCCUCUACGAGUUCCCCUACAACCCGGAGGACCACGCGCCGCUCAUCAACGGCCGGCGCCGCCCGCCGCGGGAUGCCCCUGCGCCGGAGGCCGUGAAGCAGCGCCUCCCGCCCGUCGAGUUCCUGGAGCUGAGCCUUGCGCGGCCGCUGACGGUCGUGGCUUCUUCGUCGCCGGGGGAGCCGCCGACGUGCCGGGUGUGCCUGGAGGGGCUGGAGGCGACGGACGAGGUGCGGCGGCUGGGCAACUGCGCCCACGCGUUCCACACGCGCUGCAUCGACCGCUGGAUCGACCUGGGCGAGGUGACGUGCCCGCUGUGCCGCUCCCACCUGCUGCCGCGCCGGCGCGCCGGCCGCCUACUCGGCCGGCCGCGGUUCGGCUAGGCGAUCCCCUCGCCACGUAAUACUACAUGCCGGCCUGUCCUCGGGCUCGGCCGGCGGCCGGUGCCGCUGGCGCUGGAUGGGGGCGGUCCAACCGCGAACUGAUUGCGAUUAGGACGACUAACCACUGCACUGGUGUUCCAUGAUGGGAGCCAUCCAAAUUGAUUGGAGGUUCCGCUUCAAAAAAGAAAAAAGUUGAUUGGAAGUUGGCAUAAAGUGUACUACCUGAUGGAGGCCAUCAUCAGUAGCGACAGAUCGGUUGCAUUGGGUGCCUGCGUUGGGCGGGCAGCAAAGUCCUUGCAUUCUCAUCCAUGCAAGUUACACUGUUCUGGCUUCUUUGUGUGCAGCGUUCAUCAGCCUCCCCGUGGAACGUGUGGUUAACCAUACUUUACUAAUUACACAUACUGAUAUGGAUGUACCGCCGAAUGAAAAGUUAAUAUACUAAACUACUGCUUAUGGAUUCCACAUGUAUGCUCGGGAUAUUGACAGUUUGUCCAGUGACACUGAUAUGGUAUUCUUAAUUUAGUUAUGGAUUUUUUUACAA